GCAUCCAGAGCUCGCAUUGCAUUGUUGCUUCUACUCAGCGCGAAACUAACAUGGCAUCUGCAGGCCUCCAGGUUAUGGGCAUCUUUCUGGCCGCCAUCGGCUUCAUCGGAGCCAUCAUCACCUGCGCGCUGCCCAUGUGGAAGGUGUCUGCUUUCAUCGGGAACAACAUAAUCGAGGCGCAGACCUUUUGGGAGGGCCUGUGGAUGAACUGUGUGAUGCAGAGCACCGGGCAGAUGCAGUGCAAAAUCUACCCCUCUAUGCUGGCCCUCGCUAAUGACUUGCAAGCGGCCCGGGCCCUGAUGGUGCUCUCCAUCCUGGUCUCCUUGAUGGGACUCCUGCUCGCUGUGGUUGGAGGAAAAUGCACCAACUGCAUCGAGGACGAGGAGGCCAAGAGCAAGGUAGCCAUUGCUGCGGGCAUGUUCUUCAUCGUCGGCGGUGUCAUGUGCCUCAUCCCUGCGUCCUGGACGGCGCACGAGGUCAUCAGAAACUUCUACAGCCCGAUGAUGCUGGAGGCGCAGAAGAGGGAGCUCGGAGCGUCUCUGUUCAUCGGCCUCCAGGUUAUGGGGAUCUUUCUGGCCGCCAUCGGCUUCAUCGGCGCCAUCAUCACCUGCGCGCUGCCCAUGUGGAAGGUGUCUGCUUUCAUCGGGAACAACAUAAUCGAGGCGCAGACCUUUUGGGAGGGCCUGUGGAUGAACUGUGUGAUGCAGAGCACCGGGCAGAUGCAGUGCAAAAUCUACCCCUCUAUGCUGGCCCUCGCUAAUGACUUGCAAGCGGCCCGGGCCCUGAUGGUGCUCUCCAUCCUGGUCUCCUUGAUGGGACUCCUGCUCGCUGUGGUUGGUGGAAAAUGCACCAACUGCAUCGAGGACGAGGAGGCCAAGAGCAAGGUAGCCAUUGCUGCGGGCAUGUUCUUCAUCGUCGGCGGUGUCAUGUGCCUCAUCCCUGCGUCCUGGACGGCGCACGAGGUCAUCAGAAACUUCUACAGCCCGAUGAUGCUGGAGGCGCAGAAGAGGGAGCUCGGAGCGUCUCUGUUCAUCGGCUGGGGAUCAGCAGGACUGCUGUUGGUUGGAGGGGCUCUUCUCUGCUGUCAGUGUCGUCAGCGUAAAGACGACCGAUACUCCGUCAAAUAUUCUGCCCCACGCAAAGCAGCCAGCGCAGGAGCCUACGUGUGAAAUGUCUGCCUUGUCUUUCAAGACUAAUGUUUUAUGAUCUUAUUUUAAGUUUUUAUUAUUUUUUUUUAAUUAAACUUUGAUAUACUUGCAAUACCUUUUUUGAUGUGUGCCUUUUUAUACUUUCUGAAGAUGGUGGUCCAAAGCUUCGCAGAUGUUCUGAUCUUGGGUACAUUUAACUAGUCCGUAUAAAUAGUUUGGUUUUCUAAGUAAUUACUAUGUCAAAGGUUAAAAUGUUUCAGUAAAUCACUUGAGUAAGAUUAAGGGUCUAAAUGGUUGGUGAGCACCUGAAGCUGAACUGGUGCAGUAGGUGUUUCAACAUGGUGGAAGCAUGUGGUACUUGUGUGCUGGACACUAGAAUUGAGCAUGCCGUAUAAAUCACUAACUCAUUUACACUUGAGCUCUAGGUCUGUCAAUGUUUAUUCUGCUUUUUAAAAGUAUCUGGUAUACUUCUGUGGUCCCUCUAACCAUACUCUACAAACAAUGGUGACUAAGACAAAGGUGCUGCUAAUAACCCUAAUGAUGAGUGUUUUCUUUAAGUCAGUGAGCCAACAUUGAUGCCACCAAGAACCUGACCUAAAAGCAUUCAAUAUCACCUGUGCUACUCUUAUUGUGAUGUUUCCACAAGAAAUGCCUCUUUGUUGUGGUUUCUAAAGGUGCAUUAAAUAAAAGUUUCUCCUGAAUGCUCAAAUAAAAGUGCGA